AUGUCUGUGAAGAGGAAGAGUGAUCCACAGAGGGGCUCCGGUCUGGACCAGGAUAAGGACUUUGGUCUGGACCGGGAGGAACCAGAGCAGCUGGUUCUGAAGCAGGAGACUGAAACCUUCACGGUGACUCCCACUUACCAGGAAAGGGACUUCAGUGACCCAGAACCGAAACCUGAGCAGCUUCACUCUCAGAACUCUCCCUCAACCGAGAACCCAGAUCAGGACCAACGCCAGAGUCUGGAUUCAGGACCAGCUCCAGAUGUGGAGACGGGUCCAAAGAGGAGUCUCAGAAACAGAUCUGAUGGUAAAGUAGAGCAGCCUUCUGAGUCACAGCUGGGGGUUAAACCGCAGGAGGGUUCACCAGAGGAAACACCACGGACCAAAAUGCUUUUCCUCCCAGCUGCUGCUCUGUGCUGUCUGUGUUCAGCGCUGGUUGCCAUGGCAGCAGAGCUGGUUCAGGACGAUGUAACACUGACCAGGAGAAUAAACAGAGUUAAACUGGAUCAUUCAGCCACCUACUACUGCUGGUGUUGGACGUGGGACGGAAACUAUUACCGCAUCUUUGGACCUGGAAGUAAACUGUACGUAACCGAUGAGCAGGUAGUGAAGCCCGUGGUGAGCGUGUACCCAGCAGCAUCCAGAGUCCACCUGGGGGGGGGCAGCUCCCUGCUGUGUGUGGCCUCAGCCAUGUUUCCUCCUGGGGUCCGGUUCUCCUGGAAAAGACAGAAGAAGAACGGCCCGCUGGAGGACGUCCCCCCUGCCGAGGGAGAGCAGGUGGAGCUCAGAGAGCCGGGACGCAGCGCCUCCAUCAUGGUGGUCCACCGCCUCCAUCAGGACACGUACAGAUACAGCUGCUACGUCAAGCACGAGGGCGGCACGGUGGAGGCCCAGACACAAGAGCUUCCAGCUCCAGCAGCCCCCUGUCCUCCAGAGAGAGAGCCAGCAGACCUGCCAGCUCCAGCAGAUCCAGGUUCAGGGGUUCCAGCUCCAGCAGAUCCAGGUUCAGGGGUUCCAGCUCCAGCAGAUCCAGGUUCAGGGGUUCCAGCUCCAGCAGAUCCAGGUUCAGGGGUUCCAGCUCCAGCAGAUCCAGGUUCAGGGGUUCCAGCUCCAGCAGAUCCAGGUUCAGGGGUUCCAGCUCCAGCAGAUCCAGGUUCAGAGAUCUUCCAGUCUGAGUGCAGGGUGAAGCUGCUCUGCCUGCUGUACACAGUGCUGACCCUGAAGAGUCUGCUGUACUGCUGUGGACUCUCUCUGCUGAUGGUCCUCAGGAACAAGGGGCCGUCCACCAACUGAACACAUGCUGACUGGUUUCUCUGAUAAUCUCACUCAUCACAUCAUUUAUACUCUUGAUAUACACAAAUGAUUAACCGUCUUGGUGAUAUUUCAUCUUUUAACAGCAUUUAUUUCUCCUUCAUGUCCUUUUUAAUAUUCUGUAUGUGCACAGUUUGGAAUCUGAUUCACGUGUAAUCAAUAUUAUCAUCAAUA